AUGAAAGUGCCGAACCUGAGUAACUUCCACCACUCUUCGCAGCAACAAGUUCCGUAAGUUAAUUAUCCAGUCUGCAAAGAAGUACUUUGUAAAAGAGGAGGAAUCAAAUGUCAAUAAGUCCACCACCAUGGCUUUAGGCAGAAUCUCCCCAUAAAACAUUUACACAUUACUCAGCUGACAGCUUUCGAGAAACUGAUGAUUGUGAAGUAAACUAGAUCAGUUCUCUAACAUGCUUUUCCCAGACCUCAGAUUAGUAGAGCCUAUCCAAACUAAUUUUUCAGCUAUACCGAUUGUUCAUGACAGAGAAGCAAAGGCCAGAUUCCUCCCUGUGUUGCAUGGAAGCCACCUUUUUAAGCUGAAAGGAGUUUCAAAACCAAUUUGUGAUAUAGGUUGGGUGGAAUGGCCUGCUUUUCAAAGGAAUAUCCCACUGGAUAUGCACAAAUCCUUGCAGGUACCAGAAAAGGUUGUGUUUGGCUGUUUGUCAGAGGCAGGAGAAGCCAGAGCAUCCCAGCCAGCCUUUUAAUACACUAUCAAGGGCACAUUUGAAUUUAUUCUGCUCUAUUAACCCUAUCACCUUUCUUGGAGAGAGAUGGCAAGGUGAAGUGCUAUUUAACUCCAGCCCUGAGGUCGCAAAAGAGUACAGUGGGAGAAGAGGCCACAGGUUUAUAGUAAAUUUCAAGUCAACUGUCAUUGCCAAAGAAUCUGAAACCAUAAUAAUAUUCAGUCUUAGGGCCAAAAGGUGGAGGAAGAUAUGUCAGUCAGGAAGCAAGCACAAAAGUCCUGUUUCGAUUAUAAACAUGUUCAACUCUAGGGAGAAGAUAACAUUGUUCCACCCUUUGCCCUAAAAUGUAUCACUCCUCAGUAGUAGGAAAUGGGUUCAUAUAAUGAUUUGCACAACGUCUGCCUUUUCAGCUUCACGCUGCUUCACAAAUUGCAUGCAUCCAAAGGAAAUUCUGCAUCCCUGCAGGAGGAGGAGACCUAAGCCUAGAUGUAUUCAAAAAUCUAGCGAGAUCUGUUGAUACUCUUUGGGGACUCAAUUUUUCAUGACUGCUUUUCAAAUAAUAAUUGCCAUUAUCAUGCAACAGGUUGUUUAUACAAAGCAGUCAUUUCAGAAUGGAACAGCAGGAGUUGCCAAUAACGGAAAAGUUGUGAUGAAUUUAUCACCAAAGGAUGGGUAUGCUGUUUGUAUUCAAGCAGGUAGCUUCGAUCUGUUUGCCCAUGGUAUCAAGAGAGCUAAUAAAAGAGGCUUUAACUACUGCAGCUACAUAGCACCUUCUGGCAAUGGUCAGGUCAGUUUAACAGCUAGCCAUAAAACAGACAUAGAAACCAAUCACAUGUUCACUAUAAAAACUAAAUAUCACAGUAUAACCAUCUGGAAAAUCACAUACUUCGCUGAACCAGAGCAGCAAGGUGCCUGAAGGCAUGUCAUGUUGACAUGAACUAAAUUACAGCUCUCCCAUGAACACUGAUCUAAUUUUGGCAGCCAUACUUGCAAGAACAAUUGUGAUAGUCUGGUUUUAUCCCUAAUAAAGUAUUUGGGAUGGACUGUGGCAAUGGAGUCUUGGAUAGACUAUGAGUUCCUCCCCAAAAUACACAUCACCCAGUAGAUUUUAUUUUUAAAAAAAUCAAUCAUCACCACCAUUGUUAUCUGUUUGAUGUUUUGUACACCUGUCAAAAGUGGCUUCUUUUAAAAAAUGCUAGAACUUCAUCUGUGGGGUGGUGGUUCUAAAAAGAGUAUUUGGAGCCAAACACCUAAGCUUCUGUGGGGAUCCCAGCCUCACAUCUGGGUCAGGAAAUUAACAAACGUAAAAAGAGACCUGUGGGUAUGAUGAACCUUUGUGUCUGCAAUUUGACCCCAGGUGCAAAGGCUGGGCCACUUCCAGCUUUUGAGGCCACUAGCCAUAAUUAAUAUUAAAAAUGGCAAUACUGUUUUCGUGUAAGGCACCAUGUAAAAGAGCGAGUGGUUUGUAUAAUCAGUUUGUCUGAGAGGGCACAAUCAUCACAGUCUAAGUCUGUGCCCUCAGAACAGAUACAUUUUUAUUAAUAUUUAUGAACAUUUAAAACUCUUUAAUAUGAUAAAAUCUAUCAGUUAGCAACCACAACAAUGAAUUCUUCCAAACCACAUCUCUUAAUAGUUUAAAUCUGAGGCACUAAGCUGAGUGUGUGUUUUACAUUUUGAUCCAAUGUGCAUAAAAACAAGUCGUGAAGCUUAUCAAAUGUAAAAAACAAAACAAAACAAACACUAACAAGUGUCUAAAUCUGAGGCCCCUUUGAGCCCGAAGAACCAGGCCAAAUAGCCCUCCCACCUCCCACUCUGAAUUGGUUCUGCCUACUAUACUGGGAUUUACAACAACAGCAACAACAAAGUCUCACUCAAGUGUGAUUUACAAAUGCAAUCUGAUGCUUGCCACCAAAGGUUUCAUGCUUUUAAAGAAGCAAUUCCUUUUUAAAUUAUUUUUUUCAGACAUCUUUAUUGAAAGUUAAAACGUGCAUAAUUUUAUGUGCACUAAACAUGGUGUGAUGUAAAUAAAAGAGAGAAAGAGAGAAAGAGAAACAGCACCCAUGUUGAAGGGAAAGUAAAGGGGGGAGGGGAAAAACCCCAAACUGUAUACUUUACAAAGUUAUUAUUCUAAUUAAGGAUUACAAUAUGUAAAAUUAAAAUUAUGUUUUUAAGGAAGCAAUCCUAAGUACACUCACUUCUGAGUAUAUUUUCUUUGUAGCUUAAUCUAUAGGAACUAUCAGUCUGCUGAAAGAUGGAUAAAAUAUUGAUGGUAUAAAACAUUCCAUGGGUUAAUCUCCUCUAUCCAAAUAUGACAGUAAGUUCUGGCUAAAGUAAUCAAGACCUGGUGCAAGAUAGCUUAAAAUUUAGAUAUUUCUAGAGUGAAGCAGGGAGGAAAGUGGAAGUGGAGGGGGCAGCAAAGAGCCUUGCCCCAUUAGGGAUCUGGGUGGUUGGUCACCCAAGCUAAGAGUGAGGCAAGCAGGAGCCCUGGCAAACUCCAGUUCACUGUCUGGCAAACUCCAAUUCGCUGUCCGGCAUACUCACUACCUGAGACCAUUGACUCUGAUAAUCGACAAACUGGUGGAAGCCACUCACAAACACCUCAGUUUGGCCAGCUACCCCUUCUUCAAGCAAACCAAUAAUUUGAGGGCCACAACUUUGCACAUAGAAUCUGGAAGGUCUUGGAGUCAAAUCUGAAGGUUAUUGGGAUAAUAUAUGCUACCUUAUACAUAAUUUUCAUAAAAUGGCUUCUAAUUAAGUAUGGUAGACUUCAGACCAUGAUUUUGACAAUAACCAAGCUUAUAUUCAAGGGAUUCAUGAUAUCUCCAUUACACUGAUUAACAAUAAUUUCUUCAAGACUUCAGAAAAGAACACGGGAUCAAUGUUUCAUCAGCUUUAUCAUUAAACCAAACAAAAUAUUUCAUGGAGGAAGACUGCGGAAGGGUGCUUUUAAAAUGUACACUAAGUAGAUAUUUUCCCAUAAUGGUCUAUUUACAUACAUCUCAUGUCUGUGCAUGUCUUAUACACAAUACUAAAGGGAAAAUAUAUGGCUGAAUUAAUCCAUGAACCUUUUACCCCUUAGCUGAAGCAGGUAAUCGGCCAUAAUAGCAAAAUCAAUGGCACAUUACUAUGCUGGGAUAUUGGCAGAUCCAUAAUGAAAGUUAGAGUUUCACGACCAAUUCCCUCUCUAGAGCUGGCUACUUCAGAGGAUUAAAAUAUUAAGAUUUUCAAUAAUUAAACAAAACCUUCCUAUAUGUUAUAGUGAAGGAGAGGGGCCUUCAUGUGAGAAUUAAAGAAAAACAUGACCUCAAAACUACAUGUGCCUCUCUUAUUUUAAUAACCCUGAAGCCUAUAUAAGUAGUUGAGGAAUGUUUGAUAACCACACUGAGCUUGGUCCAAACAAAGUUCACCCCCUUUAGGCCUGCACUCCCAAAUAUGUGUAAUUGGAAGUAGGUCCCACUGAAAUACAUCCAAAUAAACCAUAGCUACACUGGGAUGUAAAUGGCACUAAUUUCGACUUCACUGAGAAUAAGACCCAUUAAAUACAGUGGGAGGAAUUCAACAUUGCUCUGUUACAAACGUUCCAUCUGCACAAGCACUGCAGCUUGCCAGAUCGAAUGAUCUCCCCUCGUCCCCCUGCAUGUUGUUCCAGGGGUUCUUCUGACCACCCACCAAGCCAAUUUGGGGGGGCAUGGAGGGAGGAGAGGGGGGGGUGACCCUGUUAGGAAAGCAGAAUCCUUGUGAGGGUUUCCACUGAUGGGGAGCAUUAAGGGAAUCCGCCCUCAAGUGAGAUUUAUUUCCAAGUAAAAAUACAUAAGAUAACAAUACUGUAAAGCAGGUGCCUUAUUAUCAGCCACUGUAGUCAAUAGGGCUUGCAGCUUCAACCUGAACAGUUAUAUUUUUUUCUGUAUUGAUUUAAAAUCAAUAAAGACUAUUUUGUCUUGAGGGGAAGGGAGAAGAAAUAAAUCAUUCAGGUGAGCUGCCACAAUCCAGAUGUCCGUGGUGGUUCCUCUUCCUUCUUCCAGCCAUUACCACAGGGGCAUCCUGACCUGGGCAGGAUGCUAAGGAAGCCAUUAUAGCUUGUUCUAAACAAUUGUUUUCACCUUCUAUUGUAACAUUUUCUUUUUCUCUCUCUUUUUAAACUGAUCCUUAUUGCUGUAAUGCCCUUUUGUGAACUGCUUUGUGAGGUCUGUUUGAAAAGUAGUACAUAAAUAUCUUAAAUAAAUAAGCUUCUCCAGCCAGGCGUUUGACUACAGACUUCUAAGUUGCCUAUAUAUUUCAUAUUCACUGAAUCCCUAGUAAAACAGAAACAUGUAGAAAUAAACAGGUCAGGUGUUUUGGCCUUCCUUUUCCUUUCACACAAAUGUCUCUCAUAUUAACCUGCCUUUGUAGGGAGCAUAUAGAUUGAAAAUUGAACGGUGUAAAGGCUGGAACCAAACCAGAAUGGCUCAGAACACCAACCUCUAAGCUACACUGAUCCUCAAAAUUAACAGUACAUAUAUGAGAAUUUGAGAUUCAUGCAGUAAGCCACCAAACCUCCACAGAAACCAUGCUUGCAUAAGCAUCCUGGGAAAUAACUGGUAUUCCAGACAAACAGCACACAACACCAACUUCCAAGUAGGAUGCUUCCAAAAUACUGCCCGGACUCCUGGAGUCCUUACUACGUGCGACAGACCAACCACCCCCUGGGACUUCUGCAGAGAUCCAGAUGCCAGGUCUGACCAUUAUAUUCAAUUGAAACUGAUCUACCAGGUCCAGGCCACUUAGAAAGGGACAGGGGGUGAUUCCUGGGAGUUACUUACUUACUUAAUUACGAAGUCAUCACCUGCAGUUUCAUAAAAAUACAGAAAGAUUGCACAUAACAUGUAAGUAUGAAAUCAACCAAAGCUCCAUGUUUAGAAAGCAUGUUGUAAAGACCUGUCUAGACAAAGAAGUGUUUGGAAGAGUGACAUCUCAGGAAAAGGAGGGUUGGCUCCUGCUUGAAGCUCUAUCAGCAGUGAGUUUCACAGGGCAAGGCCUGCUAAAGGCUUGGUCCCUAGUUAUGGCCAACUGAACCUCAGGGGAAUUGGGAACCACCAGAAGUGCCCCACUGGAGGGUCUCAGUGAUCAUGAGGAAUCAAGUAAUCCCCAAGGUGCUUUCGGUCCAAGUGGUUUAGAGCUUUACAGAGUAAAACAAGGUUAGAGAGACUUCACUGUGAACUGCUCAAGAUGUCAGUGAGCAAGUCAUUGUGAGCUCACUGAGUGACUGUCUAUCUAGUCCCCACCCCCGAGAUCCAGGCAGAGAGAGGCAAGGCAGAGGCACGGGCUUUGUGAGCUCUCCUAAGGCCAGGUAAGCUAGGCUAUCCAUUCUAGCUAAGCAACAUUAUUCUGGAAAAAGUGAUCCAGAACACCAGCUUCACAUGACUAGAUGGGAUUCAUGGAAUGGACCACAAAAAUGUCUGCAGGAACUAUGUUUCAAUAGUAGUUCAUAUCCAUAAAAUACGGAUUUGAAUUUGGUUGGUUUGGAUAGCCCAGAAGCAAAGGCAGAUUUAGGGCAGUGCAAACAGUUCCCUUGCACUGGGCGCCAAGCUAAGAUGGACACCACAGGGUGUCACAACUAUGUUGUACUGCACGCACAUAACGGAAGGCAAGAGGCAGGGGGCACUGAAUUUUGGCCUCUCCCAGGGCACCAUGGAAAUUUGAAAGAGCAAAGUCCACCCCUGCCAGUAGUUGGUCUAUUCUUCCUGACACAUUUUGGCUUAGUACAUAAAUCUCAUCUGAGUAUUUGUGUCUGCUGAAUUUGUUGGUUUAGUUAGCUUGAAAACUAACAUUCUGGGUUGUUUUUCUAGAAUACCAUUUAUAGACUAGAAGCAAUCUGAAGGGGUUAACAACAUAUAACAUUGUAAUGGUUUAAGUUCUGAAAUAUUGUUCUUAUUUAUCUUUAAUACAUCCCAUUUUUUGGCAUAAUUUAUAUUUAUGAGGGGGCCAUUCUGGCCCAUUCUGUUUGAGCUGAUGUUUUUAUUUCUCCAGUGCUCUUUACCAGAGAGAGCCUUAAAACACAAGUCCUUGUUGAUUUCAAUGGAAAUUACUUCUAGGGAAAUGUGUUUGGGAUUGCAAUUUUGCUCAGAAGUAUGUCUCAUUUAUUUCUAUACAAUUCACUCCCUGAAAAUAUGAAGACUGAGGAGCAGAAUCACAACCACAAAGAAUGUUGACUACUAUAUUACAAAUUUUAAGUUUUAAACUUUUGACCAUUAGUGCAAUGCAGGUAAUAAUUAAGUGUACAGUGUGCAAUUUUGUUUAUUCAUAACUCAUUUUCUAGAUGUGUUCACUUGCCCUGGAGAUAUUAGCAAUUUCAAAAUAACAAAUAAAGCAACUAUAAUGAAAUUCAAUAGCACACAUUCCCUAGUAUUGAAAUGAGAUCAGUUCAUAUUGUCCUUUUCCCUAGUGUAAACUGACAGUUCCUGAGACUCUACAAUAUCAUGUCAUCAACAUUUAUUAAUAUUAUAGCAUUUUUAACAUGUACUAAGUUUAUAGUCAUACUGUAGUGAAACUUGCAGUGUGAUUAUCAUAGAAUCAUAGAAUCGAAGAGUUGGAAGGGACCCGAGGGUCAUCUAGUCCAACCCCAUGCAAUGCAGGUAUCUCAGCUAAAGCAUCCAUGACAGAUGGCCAUUCAACCUCUGCUUAAAAACCUCUAAGGAAGGAGAGUCCACCCACCACCUCUUGUGGCAGUCUGGUCCAUUGCCAAACAGCUCUUCCUGUCAGAAAGUUCUUCUUGAUGUUUAGUCAGAAUCCCCUUUCUCGUAACUUGAAGCCAUUGGUUCAGGUUCUAGCUUCCAGAGCAGGAGAAGACAAGCUUGCUUCAUCCUCUAUGCGACAGCCCUUUGGAUAUUUGAAGAUGGCUAUCAUAUAACCUCUCAGUCUUCUCUUUACCAGGCUAAACAUACCCGAAUCUCUCCACUGUUCCUCAUAAGGCUUGGUUCCAGACCCUUGAUCAUGGUCACCCUCCUCUGCACAUAUUCCAGCUUGUCAAUAUCCUUCUUAAAUUGGGCAAAUUGGGCACCCAGAACUGGACACAGCACUCCAGGUGUGGUCUGACCAAGGCAGAGCAGAACAGAGCAGUACUAUCACUUCCCUUGAUGGGGACACUAUACUUAUGUUGAUGCCAUCUAGAAUAACAUCAGUUUUGUUUGUUUUUUGCUGCUGCAUCACACAGUGACUCAUGUUAAGCUUGAGUCACUAAGACCCCUAGAUCCUUUUCACAUGUACUACUGGUAAGCCAGGUGUCGUCUCUCCUCUUAUAUUUGUGCAGCUGGUUCUUCCUGCCUAUUUCCUCUCCUGAACUGGUUUCAAAUGAGGUGGCUGCUGUAUCUUAGAUUCUGCAGGGUUUUAACACUCCUUGUGUUUCCUGGAGCUUUAUUUGACCUAGGGCAGUCAGCUUCUUUCUUCCUGACUUCAACUCUGUGCUUCUUUAUUCCCCAAUCCAGUUCUCAGGCUAUGCUAGACUCCAGUGCUACAGAAAGUAGUCAAUUGACUUCAAUAUUAUGUACACACUUAUUUGUCAGGGUGGUUUGUAACCCAAACAAUAAUAUGCAAAGAGGGCCCCAAUUACUUAACCUGGCAUUUGGUAUGCAUAAAAAAAGAAAUAAAUACCCUUCUCUUACACACACUCACGUAUACAUAUAUCUCACCUUCUCCUACCCAAGACAAAUACCAUUAAUAUUACACUACCCUCAUUUCUCUGGAAGCCAUUUUGUGUUGUCUCAGUUGCCGCAAGCUUUCUAUAUUUUUGCCUGCAGUGAUUUAAUCUGAGCUUUGUAACAAGUUAGUUUUUUUAAAUGCCUGGGGAUAGAGUUGAACAUAAAAUUCACUGAGCUGGAUAAAGUUGAUGCUUGCAAGGCCACAACAUACUGUGUAUCCAGGUCAGCUAAAGAGGUGAAGGUAAAAUUCACUCAGUACAGCUAGCUAAUUUCCCUUGCAACCCUGUUUUGGAGGGCUUUUGAGGGGGGAGAUGUAUUGUGGAUUGGGUAUUGUUACAGCUUAUAGUAUAAGACUACAGAGACUAAACCCCCCCACCUUGAUCCCUCUUUCUCAAGUCCUUCCUCUGUUUCUUCCUCCUCAGCAUGCAACUUCAAGAAAUAGUUUUGAUUUAGCUCAAACAUCCAUCCCACAUUUGUUGUUGCAUCCCAAAGUAGUUACGUGAUUGUGUCAGCAUUAUCCAAAAACUUGCAAUUCAAUGAACACAUGCUUAACUGCACCAUUGCUAUGGUGCUGGGUGGGGUCAGAGCUACAUGGUCACACUAGUGCAGCACCCCUGCUAGUGAACCCACACAGCUCCAUUCCAGUAAGCACCAGCCACAUUGCCUGUCCUAAAUUAGGGACACCAGUGCUACAUAUCAGGUCCUUGGUCCUUACUGUGGUUUUUGUAUAGCUGGGUGGGGGGCAGUUGGAAGAACUCCAGGAGCAGUAUGACUGGUACGGAGGCAAAUAUAGAGUCUUUUCAUGCAAUAGGGCAUAGCUGUCAACUUACAGAUUUGAAAAUAAGGGACCAGCAGCCUCAAAAAUAAGGGAUCAGCAGCCAAAAUAAGGGAUUUUAGUCACCCAGCAGCCAAACGAAGUCUCAAGUGGUGAUUCCCACAGCGCAGAACCCGGCAAAGGGGAUGCAGCAAGGAAAACCACCGUCACCUCUACGCUGGGAAGCGCUGAGCAAAGGCAAGUCCCCAAGCAAUGCGGCCGAUUUGAUCGGCACAAGGCAUGCAAGCUCCACCCUCCAGUCGUUCUUAGACUCCUUAUUGGGUGAGCAACACAGCCAAGCAACACAGUUGGAGCCUCCCUCCUCCCUGGCUGGCAGGGAGGGAGGGAGAGGAGCUGCUUCCUUUGAAACCCAGGAAAUUUAAGGGACAUCAUCAAUAAGGGACAGCAGCGGGACUUGGCGCUGGGAUAAGGGACUGUCCCGCCAAAUAAGGGACGCUUGACAGCUAUGGCAAUAGGGCAAGAACUUGAACUCAAAAUGGAUGAAGAGGUGUCGCAUCUAAAAUUUGGUGACCAACCCCCCACCCCCAACUCAAACUUAACCUUAUUUCCAAAAGUGUCAUGAAACACAUCACUUUGUUGCAUUGCAUUGAUCCCCAUGAUCAGAAACACGGCUCAGGAAAGUGAAGAAAUUUCGCUCGUAGCUUUGAACAGAGAGGACCUGGGGACUUGCCCCUGAAAACAUCAUUUACUUCAGGUUAUUCACCUCAGUUUCUAAGGAAGUACUAUUUUCUUUUGAGACAUCACGAUCUGUAGGUGCUUAGAAAGAGUGGGAAUGAUGAACAACUGAUCCAGAACAAUAGAACUCUUACAUCUUUAUAUUGCAUACUGUUGUAUAACAUCGUUGUUUUGUAUGUUCUAUCUAUAUGCACUCUUUUUUUAAAGUGCUAGGAGGCUCUCCUUGUUAUUCCAUCACCAGGGGAAGAGCACUGUAUGGUGACACAGGCUCAGGCCCUCUCUAUGGUAGUGGCCUGACUAUGGGAUGCCCUCCUCUUGCAUAUACAAUUGCUGCUGCUAAAUGUUCCUGUUUCAGCACCAGAUAGAAUACCUGUUUGCCCAGGCAGUUUGUGGAAUAUUAAUUUCUGUGUAACGUUAGCUAGCUGAUGCAAUGAAAACUCAUUGAGGGCUCCAUGCAGGUUUUAUAACUGAGAUAUGACUGUUCUCAGUUUAAUUGAAAUUGUUUAUAAUAAUAAUAAUAAUAAUUUAUUAUUUAUACCCCGCCCAUCUGGCUGGGUUUCGCCAGCCACUCUGGGCGGCUUCCAACUGAAUAUGAAAAACAGUACAGCAUCAAACAUUAAAAACUUCCCUAAAGAGGGCUGCCUUCAGUUGUCUUUUAAAAGUAAAGUAGUUGUUUAUUGUUUGUUUAAUUGGACUGUAAUCCGGCCCUGGGAUGGUUUGAUGAAGGGUGGGCGAGAAAUAUCAAACAAACAAACAAACAAACAAACAAACAAACAGACAGACAGACAGACAGACAGACAGACAUUGCUGCCAUUAUGUUGUUUGCCACCCUAUGCUUUAUAAUAUGCUUUGUAAUGUUACACUGGUAUAGCAUUAUGUACAUAUGUGCUGUGCUGUUGCUUUCCCCCCUUAUUUUCUUUUUUUGCUGGUAUAGCAAGUUUAGAAAUAUUUCCCCUGUUUUAAUUCACUCCAAUAGCAACUGAUACCCUGUUUUAAAAAAAAACACCACACACCUGAAUCUUAAAAGCUAUAUUAAAAUGCAUUGAAAUGACGAUACAGUUUUAUCUUCAGACAUGACCUCUGACCACAGAUGGAAGAGUAUGAAAGUAAAAUAUGACACAUUUCAAGACUAGUUAAAAUGUAUUGAAUGUUUAAAGCUCCAUCAAAAACAUCUAAAGUGUUCAAUUAUUUAAGGUCAAAGGAAAAACUGCAAGGUCUCAUCUGAGACUAGAAACUCAUUUCAGAAAGUCCUCUCUUGAGAGAUGGAUGAAAAUUUAGGAUAGCAUUACCAAAAAAUAUAUAUUUGUGGGAGUUAUAAACAGGGAGCUCUGAACCCAGAAAGGUACAGGCUAAACUUAUGGAUGUUAACUUUGAAGUAUGCCAUUCAAUGGAGUUCAGAACAUAAGUGUGCACAGUCUUACCCACACCUGAGUCCAAAUAAAAUCAAUGAGACAAGGUAACUACAUUGGUUCCCAGUAUGUUUCUGAGCACAAUUCAAAGUGUCGGUCCUGACCUUUAAAGCCCUAAAUGACCUCAGUCCUGUAUACCUGAAGAAGUGUCUCCACCCCCAUCUGGACACUGAGGUCUAGCGUCGAGGGCCUUCUGGCGGUUCCCUCAUUGCGAGGUUACAGGGAACCCAACAGAGGGCCUUCUCAGUAGGCACCCGCCCUGUGGAACGCCCUCCCAUCAGAUGUCAAGGAAAUAAGCAACUAUCUUACUUUUAAAAGACAUCUGAAGGUAGCCCUGUUUAGGGAAGUUUUUAAUGUUUAAUGCUGUAUUGUGUUUUUCAUAUCCGGUUGGGAGCCGCCCAGAGUGGCUGGGGAAACCCAGCCAGAUGGGUGGGGUAUAAAUAAUAAUAAUAAUAAUAAUAAUAAUAAUAAUAAUAAUAAUAACAACUAAGUUGUUAUUAACUCACUCAACCCUUAUUAGUGUUGUUGUUGUUGGUUGUAUAUCACCCUUCAUCCACAGAUCUCAGGGUGGUUCACAACAUAAAAUUACAAUAUAAAAACCACAAAUAUAUUGUAAAGCUAAGAAGAACAAACCAAUACAAUCGUACCUUGGUACUCGGACGUUUUGGCUCCUGAAUGUUGCAAAGCCAGAAAUGAGUGUACUGGUAUGAGAACGUUUUUCAGAAGCCGAAAGUCCUGUGCGGCUUCUGAUUGAGUGCAGGAGGUUCCUGCAGUCAACUGGAAGCUGCGCCUUGGUUUUUGAACCAUUUCAGGAGUCAAACGGACUCCCGGAACGGAUUAAGUUCGACAACCAAAGGCCGACUGUAAUCCCUUCCUCCCACAUCACAUUUAAAAGGGCAUCAGAUGGGACCUAAGCACAACAUUUUUUUCUGAAUGAGAGUCAUAGGUCUUUUUUUUUUUAAUAAAGUAUUUUAACACUUUGUUGGAAACGGCCCAGAGUGGCUGGGGAAACCCAGCCAGAUAGGCAGGGUACAACAAAAGAACAAACAAAUAAACAAACAAAUUAUUAUUAUUAUUAUUAUUUUCUACAUUUGUAAUGCAAGCAUCAUUCUAAAGCGGCAAAAGCAGUUUCCGUAAUCCUUGUGCCUGCUUUGGUGGGCUAUUUUUUCCCUUUAAAGUUGUGGGCUUAAGCAGCCUAACUAUAACAACACACAGGUACAAUGGCAACUGAUUUUAUUGGAGCUGGAUUGUGUUCUGGAGACAGAGAAACUUUCAGCCAGAUGUAGUUAACUGCGUGGCUGCGAUAUGUAUGACUAUAGCAGUUCGACAAGCCUGAUCUAAUAUGUGAUUACUUAGUACUGUAUAUCGAUCCCACUGUGCUCAUUGGGCCUUACUCCCAAGUAAAUUUGUUUAGGAUUGCAGCCUUACCAGCAAAGUAGUUUUUGCAUCAACACAAAAUGCUAAUUUGCACAUCCAAGAGUCUGUAACUAUUUUAAGCAUAGCUUUAAAUGGGGAAGGUGAUUCUGAGCAGUUUCAUUGCUUCCGAACCCAACAUUUUUCGCUGAGUGACCCUUUUGCAUCCCAGAUUAAUACCUGUCAAAUUAAGCUGCCUACUGGUUUAAAUUAGCAAGUGCAGUAAGUUCUUGGGUACUGUCUGUACCUAUAAAUAUUUUUUAAUAGCACUAACAAGUGCUUCCACAUCAACAACAUUAAUAAAGUAUGCAUCUACAGUCGAAAAUCGAUUAAUUGUGACAGAAGAACAGGAGAUUGUAGCAGGAGAAACAUUUUCUUGCACCAAUGGUUGCAAUAAUUAUUAUUUAAAAAAACAAACAAACAAGAAAUCUAUUCAGUUUUUAGGAGUCACUUCCAUGAUUAUUAAACUAAUAAUUCAGACAAGCAAAGCAGCACAGCUGUGUCUGUUUGCACAUCAGUGGGCACAUAGAUUCAGUGUUGUUUUUUAAUCAAGAAAAAGUAACAAUUUGAACUACUUCACUGGUUUGGCAGUCUUUACUUUUGAGAAGUACCUCCUCUUGGCUGAGAGAUAGGGUGUGCACCAACAGUGGUUUCCUAUGAGCAACCUGGGCAGCCCUGACUAACAGACAGAAGGUUUCUGGUGUGGCUCGUAUCUGAGCUUUUGUGACAUGGUUUGAAUUUUACUUCAGCAGCUUAUGUCUUUUGCAAGAGAGAGGCACUCUUUCAGGUAGGGGCUUGGCCCAUGUAGGCGAGGGUACAUUUCCAUUAAAAGAAAGCAAACCGUACAUCUGUAUACUACCAACAUGUUAGCAUUUUCCUCAUCAACCUUCUUGAAUAAAAGAAACAAGAGUGGUUCAUGAAGUCACACAAAUAUACAGUGCAAUUCCUGGCUUCAAAAUAAGCACCUUGAGCAGAAAUUACCUCAGACAAUAUCUGAUAAGUGGGAACAGAAGACCACCUCCAGUGCUAUGCCUUGCAGUUGCCAAAUUGCCCAAAGGCAGUUUUACUGUAUUUACAAGCAUUAGGUUUCUGUCCCUAAUGCCAGCCAGUCAUUUCAUUAUUCUCACAGCUGCAGAAGGCUAAAGCAAGGUGUCUCAAAGACACUAAAUGGUAAAUUAUAGGACCCUCAAGAAUGGCAAUAUUCAACCCUUUUAAGCCUGAAGUGACUCAUUGCAAGAGGAAUCAAUGAUUAAAGAGUGCUGCAUCCUAGAGGGACAGUAAUGGUGCCAGGAUUAAGAUCACUGUGGCAUCUGUUGAUCCUUCAAAAGCAGUCUCCUUAAAUAUUUCCACUUCAGAAGAUUUCCAGUUAUCUUUUUUUCAGUUCUGAGGGUGUUUAUGCAAGUUUUUGUUAAGUUUAUGGCACCCUCUUGGGCGCAAGAGGCAAGUUUUUCCCUACCCAAACAAUAUCUUCUUAGGUAUUGUCCAGGGAAGAGGCCUGUUUUGCCUGUCUCAGAGACCACUACUUCAUUUUUUCCCAACCAGCUUGAGAGCUCUUUUUCCUCCACACAGAUAUGAGAAAUGCUAGAUUCAUAACAAAAUUGCACUGCUGAUGACAACGUCCAGUAGUGAAACACUGAACAGGACUUUGACCAUUUGUGGAUAUUAUACCAGGUCAACCACCAGACAUGAUUGCCUUCUGACGGGAGUAAUUGUUCUGGGUUUCACAUGGCUGUUUUCAGAGAGUUCUUAUCUCAUUUCUAGUUUGGGAUGUCAAAGCAAAUAUGACUACAGAGGUAGGCCGUGGAGUGCUGUCAGCCUUCCCAGUAGGUGAAGGACUCUUCCCAUGGCUGCCACUGAAUGAAGAGCAAGAGCACAUGGGGAUAGGAUUUAUUGGCUGAUGUCAGUACAUGUGGCUGGUACUGGGCGCCCAUCACUGAAUCAAAAAUCAGCUCUGGUCAAAUCUGUGGGGAGUUGUCACCUGCAGGUGGGGAAUAUGAGGCUAAAGUGGUGUGGAGGGAGUCCCUGAAACCAGAAGGAGAACAGCAGAGGAAAAGAGGGGUCAGGAGACUAGAAGUGGAAGCCAACAACGGUCACCACAUGCAGAGGUACCAAUGCACCUCCCCAGACACCCAAGAUAGUCUCGAGAGAGAAAGGUUGAAGAAGGAGAGGAUGGACAUCCCAGGAAGAGGAACUGGCUAGGGGAAAGAACUAGGGAGAAGCUCAAAAAGCAGACAAGCCAGGAAGAGAAGAAUAUUUGCAUGUCCUAUGAGGUGAUGAUGAGAGGAAGAAGGAUUUUGCUUUCUCCUCAAAGACCCCAGGUUCUGUCACUUGUCCAUGCCUUGAGCUCAGCUGAACUGCUAAUGUCUCCACAGUGCUACAGCUAUAACUAGCAAGCACUUCUGAAUUAUGGGGAUAUUGAGUUUGGUACCAGUGUGUUCACUGGAGUCUGUGUAACCUCUGAACUGGUAAGGUUCAAAACUCCUUACCACUGGAGGGCAUGACAAGGAUAUUUACUCAUCACUAUAUUGGUGUCUAUUAUCAACAACAGUUGUCAUAGUGGCUCCCAGAGAGGCCCACAGAGUGUUCUCCUUAGGCUUGGUAACUACCACAUUAGCAAAGCAUCCUGACUUCAGAAGCCAGAUGCACAGCCAAGAAAGGAUUAGUUAGCAGACUGUGAGGGUAAGCAGGUUAGCAUUCUGGGCCUUCUCUGAAUGGUAUCAAUGAGUUAACAAUUCUCAUCCAUUUUGACAAAUCCUAUAUUAUUUAUUCACCAGAGAAACAUGACGUCUUUCAUUCUCCAACUGGAAGUCCGCAAGAUCAUAAUCAAGGUGGUGAUAAAUUUUACUACAUUUUCAAGCAGUGCACGUAGGAGGGAUGACUGAGAUUAACACAGCAGACUGGCUCAUCAAUGAGUCAGAGUGGAUUCUCUAUCUCCAUUAUUUCAAAUGGGUAGCCUGCCAAAUAAAUAUAUACACAUACACGUUUUAGCCAAGACACCUGGUUCAGCUGUUCCCGCUUAGGAUCCACAGAGUGAUUAUCCAUACAGCGGAGAUUAGCAUGAUAGGUAAAAUCUGACUGCAGGAACUGGAAUGUCUCAGCCAGUGCUGGGCUUACAAAUAGCCACCAGGAGAAGUGCAUUGUGUGAUAGUGGCAUGAAACUUUCUCUGUAGUAGCACUCCUUCUCUGGAAUGCCUUCUUCUCAGAAAUGGUGCCAACUUCACAUGAGUUUUGGUACCAUUUUAAAAUGCAUAUUUUUAUUCAGGCAUUUGGAAGCAGUUAAGUGAAGUGGUCAGCUGCAACUGUGUACCUCACCCACUGCAUCGUUUGAUGUGCUAUGAAUAAUUUUAAAGGGCUGUUUUAUGUUUAAAUGGAUUUGUCUAUCUGUAUGCAGAAGGGAGGAUUUAUAAAUCAAACCAAAUAAAUGAAUAGAAAGGGGAGAAAGGGGAAACAGAACUUGCAAUAACUUUUUCAUUCUUUGGGAUUCCUGGGUAGAGCAGCCUCCCCACCCCACCCCCGCCAAAAAAGACAGCCUGACAGUCAGAGGCAGAAGCACAAGCCAGUAGCCUCUUGUAUGUUCUUUUUGUAUGUCUGAAUUUAUCAGCGUUCAGCUUGGAUAUCCUGUAUCUCCAGUGAGACCUCCCAAUGUUCCUUCAGCAGGACUGAAUCCUCCUGCUCUCUGCAAUAUGGUCAUAGGAGAGGCGAAAGAGGUGCAGUGUCUUCUUCCCCUGCCCUCCCCCUGACUGUUUGGGAUUAAAAAACAACAACCCCCUAAUUAAAUAUUGGCCCAACUUUCAAAUUCAGGAACAGAUCCAAGACAUAUGUUCUCUAGGUCUGUUUGGGCCCCUGGGUUGGCGGGAGCGAAAACUGUGCACAGCCUAAAAUUAACAAAUUACACUAUCCUUUCAUAACUCAGGGAUGCGGGUGGCACUGUGGGUUAAACCACAGAGCCUAGGACUUGCUGAUUAGAAGGUUGGUGGUUCGAAUCCCCGCGACAGGGUGAGCUCCCGUUGCUCGGUCCCUGCUUCUGCCAACCUAGCAGUUCGAAAGCACGUCAAAGUGCAAGCAGAUAAACAGGUACCGCUCCGGCGGGAAGGUAAACGGCAUUUCUGUGCGCUGCUCUGGUUCACCAGAAGUGGCUUAGUCAUGCUGGCCACAUGACCUGGAAGCUGUACGCCGGCUCCCUCAGCCAAUAAAGCGAGAUGAGCGCCGCAACCCCAGAGUCAGUCACGACUGGACCUAAUGGUCAGCGGUCCCUUUACCUUUACCUUUCGUAACUCAUUCUCUCUCUCUCUCUCUCUCUCUCUCUCUCUCUCUCUCUCUCUCUCUCAUUUCUUAGAAUUCCAAGGCAAUGCUGGGCAGUUUCAGCUGAGGACACAAAAAUAUCAAGUCCUUCAGGUCAAAAGCAUAAAAUGCAUUUACCAAGAUAAAGUCAAGCGCCUUAUAGCAAAACUUCCACCAAGAAACUUUCACCAGAUAUGCUAUUCCUUUAAAAUUAGAAAGCAGAAAUCCUAAAGUGAAUGAAGACGAUUAAAAUUGUGUCCAAGUCAACAA